UGUGAAAUAUAGUAAAUUGAAUGCAAAACGUGUUCACAAAAUGUUGUGUUUUGUGUGCAAAGCAUGUGAUCAUUGAUUUCAACUAUAGUUUGUUGUCAUCGAUGGUAUUGUUUGACUAAAUUGUGAUCACAUUUGUUGAUAAUUUAAGUGGUAAGCCAUGCGUAUCGAGAGAUGUUACUUUUGUUCCCGUCCUAUAUAUCCCGGUCACGGCAUUAACUUUGUCCGCAACGACUGUAAGAUCUUCCGUUUCUGUCAAAGCAAAUGUCACAAACAAUUCAAACAUAAGUGUAAUCCGCGGCGCAAGAGAUGGACAAAAGCUUUCCGUAAAGCGAAUAACAAAGAACUUAAAGUUGACACAACUUUUGAGUUUGAAAAGAGGAGGAAUAUUCCCGUCAAAUAUGACCGAAAAUUGUGGACAGAGACCAUUGAGGCCAUGAAGAGAGUUGAUAUGAUUAAACAGAAAAGAGAGUCAUAUUUUCUUAUGAAUAGACUCAGAAAGGGAACAGUAUUUGAGAGGAAUAGGGAUCGUAAAGAAGUUGCCAGAGAUAUGGCGCUUAUUAAGUCACCCGCCGCUGGACUCGUGAGAGAAAAACGCCAGAGAGAUAAAGGAAAGGUUGUUAUCUCGAGAGGCAAUGAAGAGGAUGAAGAAGACUCAGAUGAAGAAAUGGCUGAAGAGAGCGAAGAUUCCGAGGCAGAAAUGGUGGCCAAUUGAGACAUUAGUUUAUUUUAUAAAUUAUAUCAUUUUUAAAAAACUAUUAUAUGAAUAA